AUGGAUUCUCACAACCUGAGGUUUUUAUCCUAUGAUCUUCUUAUCCUUUUACUACUGGUGAUAUUACUGCUUGGUCCAGUUUGCUCAUCAGCUCCAACUUUAACCGAGUGCAACUUUCCGGCCAUAUUCAACUCUGGGGACUCAAACUCCGAUACCGGUGGCCUCUCAGCAGCCUUCGGGCAAGCCUCUCCCCCCAAUGGAGAAACGUAUUUUCACUCUCCGGCCGGUCGGUUUUCUGAUGGCCGCCUCGUCAUUGACUUCAUAGCUGAGAGCUUGGGAUUGCGUUACCUUAGCGCCUAUCUUGAUUCGGUUGGUUCCAACUUCAGCCACGGAGCUAAUUUUGCAACAGCUGGAUCAACAAUCAGACCACAAAACACUACCAUUUUCCAGAGUGGAUAUAGCCCCAUUUCACUGGGUGUGCAAUUCACUCAGUAUUCAGAUUUUCACGCAAGGUCUCAAAUAGUACGUAAACAAGGUGGGGUAUUUGAGCUCUUGCUGCCAGAGGAGAACGAUUUUCCUCGUGCGCUGUACACCUUUGAUAUCGGCCAGAAUGAUCUUACUGCUGGUUACAAACUUAACAUGUCUACUGAACAAGUGAAGGCAUAUGUUCCCGAUGUGUUGGGUCAGUUGUCCAAGGUUAUCGAAAAUGUGUAUGCAUUUUGGAUUCACAACACCGGACCGGUAGGUUGUUUACCUUAUGUUAUGGACCGUUUUCCAGUCACAGCAGCUCAGAUUGAUAAGUAUGGAUGUGCUAGUCCAUACAAUGAGGUCGCUCAAUACUUCAAUCUUCGGUUGAAGGAAGCUAUUGUUCAACUCAGAAAGGCCCUUCCAUUAGCUGCAAUUACUUAUGUCGACAUUUACUCAGUGAAGUAUUCCCUCAUCAGUCAAGCAAGGAAGCUAGGAUUUCAGAAUCCAUUUCUUGCUUGCUGUGGUCAUGGCGGGAAAUUUAACUACAACAGAUUCAUUAAAUGUGGAAGUAAGAAAAUUGUCAAUGGCACAGAGAUUGUAAUAGCAAAAUCUUGCAAAGAUCCAUCGCUUAGGAUUAAUUGGGAUGGCGUUCACUUUACUGAGGCAGCGAACAAGUGGAUCUUUGAUCAGAUUGCCAACGGUUCCUUUUCAGACCCUACCGUUUCAUUGAGUUUGGCAUGCCACAGGAUGGAACCAUAAAUCUUUGGAUUCUGUCACGUUCUUUCUCUUGUUCCUAAUUGUUGGGUUUUUGAAAAGAACAAUGCGUUGCUCAAUCAUGUCAGUUCUGGAUUUCAACAAAAAUUGAUUGAUCACGAUAUCAAUUUGCUUGGAAAUUUGGAGCUUUGCUGCAAGUGCAUUUCUUUC